CUGGCUUCGUUUAACGAUAUUGGCGGCACUUCCGUACGUACAAACGCAGCGGUGUUGUAAAAUGGGUGACGAGAAAAAUGGAUUAUCUCGCGCUUACGGACUUUACGCUUAUUGUUAGCUAACGCUUCCAUUGUUAUCGGCGUGCUUCGUUUAUCGGCGUGUUCAUAACGCGCAUCCUUCGCGUGCAUACGUCGCGUACAAACACCUCGUUGUUGAGACCUAACCUAUUCAAGAUGAGCGACGGCACGGAGAAGGGUAUCAUCACCCGUAUACAUCUCGAGAAUUUCGUGACUUACGAUAAGGUAUCAGUGAAGCCUGGAAGAUAUCUCAAUGUUAUCAUUGGACCUAACGGCUCCGGCAAGUCCACCAUAGUCGCCGCUAUAGUUCUCGGUCUAGGAGGCAGGCCGAAUAUCAUUGGGCGUGCCCUUCACAUAGGGGAGUACGUCAAGUAUGGCAAGGAUUCGGCGAAGAUAGAAAUUUAUCUGAAAAACGGCCUCAAACAGGAUUCCGUGGUGACUAGAAUGUUCACUAAAGACGGCAAGUCCACAUGGAUGCUUAAUGGCGUGUCGACAAAUUCGAAAAAUAUACAGCAAUUCACGGCCAAGCUUGAUAUUCAGGUUGAUAAUCUUUGUCAGUUUUUGCCGCAAGAUAAAGUACAAGAUUUCUCGAAAAUGGAUGCUCAUGCGCUGUUAGAAAACACAGAAAGAUCUGUCGGAGAUCCGAAGCUCCUCGAGUAUCACCUACUAUUGAAGGAUCAAAGAGCUAAUUUCAAGAAAUUGGAGGUUGAUGUAGCCGAUUCAAAACGAUUACUGGAAUAUAAAAUUCACAGGCGUGAUGGACUACAGCAAACUGUUGCGACAAUAAAAGAGAGAAAGUUGAUAAAGAAAAAGAUUGUAACGUUGAAGCAAAAAAAGGCAUGGAUAUUGUAUGAUGAAACACGAAGGAUAUUAGUGGAGUCUAAGAAAACCAGAGAUCAAGCAGUAAAAGAAAUGCAAUCGGUAGAUGUAGAACUGAAACCGUUAAAAAAACAGAUUGACAAAAUGAAAUCUGAUAUGGAAUCAUUAAAAGCAGCGUUAAAUGAUCAUAAUAAUAAAGUUCAUGCUAAGAACACAAACUUAAAAAAUAUACUGAAUGAUAUUCUUGCUUACGAGAACAAAAUCAAAGAAACGGAAGAAAUUUGCUCUCGUAAAAUUCAAUCGGAAGAAAGUCGAGAGCAAGAUAUUAAACGUGCGGAACAACAAAAAUGCAAGCUGGAAAACGACUUUUCGCUGACAAUUGAAGAGGUUGGAUCAGAGGAAAGUUUGAUGAAGCAAGUGCAAGUUGUAGCAACUAAUAUGGAGGAACGUAAAAGAGAAAUUAAUAUUCUCACUAAUAAAAAUAUCACUUUGAAACACAAUGAUGAAAAUAUUGAUCGUGAAAUGAGAGCUGUGCAAGCGGAGCUCCAGACUCUCAAUAUUGACGUCAAACGUUUAGAGAUAUUAAAGCAAAGAGACACAAACGCAUAUAAAGCUGUGCUGUGGUUACGAGAGAAUCGAGACAAAUUUUCAGCGACGGUUCACCAGCCCAUGUUGCUCAAUAUUAACGUAAAACAGGCUUCAUAUGCCAAAUAUUUAGAGAACAUAAUACCGUUUCGGGACUUAAUCGCAUUCACGUGUGAGGACAAACGGGAUAUGAAUCUGCUACUGAAAUAUUUGAGGGAGCAACAGAAGCUGCAGGUCAAUGUGGUGCAUUCUGAUUCGACAAGAAGAAUCUCGAUGCAACCGAAUAUACCGAUAGAAAGCAUUGAGAAGUUUGGUUUUAAAUAUUAUUUAACAGAACUUAUUGAAGCACCGUCAGCCAUAAUGAAAUAUCUAGUCUCGAUGUACCAUUUACACAAUAUUCCUGUCGGGACUACUGAGAUCGAAAAUAACACAAAUUCCAUACCUUCCUGUUUAAACCGUUACUUUAGUGAAAACAACAUAUACUCUGUGAGUACAUCCAAGUAUACGCGCGAAACUUCGACCAGAAUAUCACGGGUUAGGGGAAAUGGAAUGUUAUCUGUUGUCCUCGAUAAAUCUAAAUUACAAAAUCUCCAAGAACGAUUACAUAAUUUGCAAGAAAAGAAGAGUCAACUCGCAAUCCAUAUCAAAGAGACAGACGAUAAGAUAGGCGAAGAAAAUAAAGUAUUAUACGAGUAUAAAGCCAGCAGGAAUAAAUAUCAACAAAAUAUUCAGCAUAUUCAAGCUUUAAGAAGUAGAAUAGACAUGGCUAUUAACAAAAUUAAACAGAUGGAAAAGGAUCGGAUGAGUAUUGAAGAUAUAAAAGCAAUACAUACCAAAGAAAUUAAGGCUCUUAUAAAAAAACAAGUACAACAGUAUAAAAAUUAUAACACAGUUUUACAAGAGUAUUUCAAUUCCAACACAAAUAAUGUCGAGAUCAAAUUUGCAAUAACGUUAUUGAAACAAACUUUAAUGACCAAAGAGAAUGAUGUCGAGGAAUUAAAGGAAAAAUUUGCAAAGGCGGAGAGAAUAUUUAAGCGACACGAUGAAGAGUUUCAACCUUUAAAGAGGGAAGCUGAAAGACUGUACAACGAAGCAAAGGCAACCACAGAUAAUCUUAAUCCACAAGAUGAUGCAUUUAAAGCUUUUAAUAAAGCCUUUGAAAAAUUACCGGCCACUAUAGGUGAAAUAAAUAACGAAUUAAAUGUCGCUCAAGCAAAAGUCUUUUGUAUGGCGAAAAACGUGGAUGCUGAGAAUAUACUCCGCGAAUAUGAAGAAAUACAAAACAAUAUUCAAAAGUUGACUGAAUUUACUAAGAAAAAGAGUGUCACACUAGAAGCAAUGAACAAGGAGAUUGAGACAUUAAAGGAAAAGUGGUUACAACCAUUGCAGGAGCUGAUUGAAAAGAUAAAUACAAAUUUUAGUUCUUACUUUACCGCGAUGGACUGUGCUGGCGAGGUUACACUCUCGCAUGAUGAUAAUGUCCUGGAUUUUGAUAAGUACGGCCUAAAGAUUAAAGUAAAAUUCCGAGAUGCAGACGAACUGCAAGAAUUAACAAGACACUUUCAGAGCGGCGGUGAAAGAACGGUGACUACUGCUAUUUACAUGAUAGCGCUGCAAGAAUUGUCGCGCGUACCAUUUCGCUGUGUGGAUGAGAUUAAUCAGGGAAUGGAUGCAGUGAACGAAAGACGGGUCUUUGAUUUACUGGUCAAAAUAACAGGAAGGCCAGGCAGCUCCCAAUACUUUUUGCUCACGCCGAAACUUUUGCCUGACUUGACGUACUCCGAGACUGUGACGGUCCAUUGUGUCUUUAACGGAUCAAUUAAAGCGGAUGAAGAAGAGUUCGAGUUCGAUGUAGAGAGUUAUUGCAACUAUCUCGCAUCGUCAACUGAUCAAUAGAAGAAAAAGAUGUCAUAAAGAUCGAUAUCCUGUGCCUUAUGUAAAUUCGAAGGCGUAAACUUUCUCACUGCGUUAUAGAGAUUUAUUUUUAGUUGUAUGUCCACAGCGCGUUCCUAAACUGGUGAUAAGGAUUUUAAGAAUAAGUUUUUUUUGUAGUAUUUCAAAACGAAGAUAAGACGAAAAUGCUAAGGCAUCAUAAACUAUUUAUCUGCAAUGGUUUACAAAGACUAUUUUUAGUUGUGUGUGUACAGCGUAUUCCUAAACUGGUGAUAAGGAUUUUAAGAACAAAUUUUUUUGUAGCAUUUUAAAACGAAAAUGCUGAGGCAUCGUAAACUGUUUCUGUACUAGUUUGCAAAAUAUUUAUCGCCAGUUUGAGGAUAUUCUGUUCUCCUCGUAAAGCGAGUAUGUUCAAGAAUUAAGUUUUAUAUUUUUAUAAAAGACAGACAAUAGAAAGUACAACUUGCAUAUUUUUAUUUUGUAUUAACUGAAUUAAUGUUAAUUUAAUAUACUUGUGUAACGUUAAGUGUUGAUAUAUGAUUAAGAUAGAACAUACCGUUGCGUGAUAAUUUACUUAGUACGUACUUUAUAGAAAUAGAUAUUUGAAACCCAUUAAAUCUAUUUUAAUACGUUUUAAAAAAAUAUUUUUUCGGAUAUUCGUACUAUUUAUUUUUUCCACUUCUGAGCCAUUUCUCUGGCCACGAGAAACCGCGACACUUCAGCGCCUUCAUGAUAUGACAUGUACAAUAAGCAUUUUCCAUCGCCUCUUUGUUAAAUAUAUCUCUAGCGAAUCGGGC